CGCGCACGGCCCUCCCAGUAUGUCAUCCUAUGACGGAAACCCUGAAGCUAGAAGUGGGCAAACAGCAUCGUACUAGGAGCCGACUCCAGGUCUCUCGCCCCGGGGAUUGGCCUGCGUCCAUCCAACACAUGACAGCAAAAUGCCAUGGCCUUGGUCUUCCUCCCCUGCCGACAGGGAGAAGGAGGACAAACCGCCUGGGGCAGGCGUGAGUACCGUGAGCUGGAACGACUCGCUGGAUGUCAAGGACUGGGAUCACUACAAAGACCCAAGGACAUGGAUUCCAGCUUUUGUGAUCACGACGGUGCUCCUCGGCGGACUCAAGAUAUACAGGACGUACUUGCGACGGAUCCCCAGCGUCAACUAUGUGCUCCCGCAUCAUUACAACAGGAGGACGCUAUUCGGACGGGUGACGAGCGUGGGCGACGGCGACGGCUUCCAUUUGUAUCACACACCUGGAGGACGACCGGCGGGCUGGGGUUGGCUGAGAACUGUUCCUACGGACAAGAGACAGUUGAGGGGACAGACCAUUCCCAUCCGACUCGCCGGCAUUGACGCACCAGAAGGCGCGCACUUUGGUCGACCCGCGCAACCAUACGCUUCCGAGGCACUCCAAUGGCUCCAAUCGUCCAUACUGAAUCGCUACGUGCGCGCGCGCGUCUACAAGCGCGACCAGUACGAGCGCGUCGUUGCCACCAUCUACCUUCGCCGCUUCCUGUUCUUCCGCCGUGACAUAGGCUUGGAAAUGCUCCGCCGCGGGCUCGCGACCACUUAUGAGGCCAAGACCGGAGUCGAGUUCGGCGGUGAGGCUAUCGAGAAGAAGUACAGAGAGGCAGAGGCCGAGGCCAAGAAAAAGAACCUGGGGCUGUGGAGCGCCCUGGGAGGCAAGAGCAAGGGCUGGUUUGGGCUGGGCAAGGCUGAGGGAAAGGGUGGGCAGCCGUUUGAGACGCCGAGGCAGUUCAAGGAGAGGAUGAGGGACUCUGAAAAGGCUGAGAAUGGCAAAUUCAAGUGAGCUCUCGGCGAAAUGGGCUCAGCUAGGGCCGAGCCUCACGCCUCGGAGCUGUCGGUGAGGGCCGCCCGCCGACAACAGGUUUCAAGCACGUUGCCCUUGCCGGCUUUGUUGAGAAAUAUAUAAUUUUCACAUAUAUUUCCCCCUCGGAAGGCUCCGCAUGAUCCUGCGGCGCGUCAUCGCCGUCGACUUGCAGCUCCAUGCCCAGCGUCGGGAAGGUGCUCACGAUGCAAUCGCCGCAGACACCCAUAAAACUGACGGGACAGUAACCCUGCGGGGCAAACACCUAGGUGUUCACCUAGGUGGAAGCUGUCCGCAAGGUACACUAGGUAUGAAUGGAAAGAGCAGCCCACGAGUCACGGCAUUGAAUGCCCAAAGAUCCAGGCCCAUGCCGUGCUGCGUACGCGACGCUACGGCUUGGUAGCCGGACCAGCGUCGCUGCUCUGGCUCGGUCGCCUGAUCGUCCCGGACCGCCGGGGGAUAUUCUAGUCUCUGGCAAUUCCUAGGCCAAUGAAUAAUUGAUCAUCAGAUACACAGUAGAAGAGAUGGGACGGCGACCAGGCGAGGGGCUACGAGGUGGGCCCGGGCAACAGAUCAGGUGAAGAGACGGGGAGUCAACGGUUUGAUUUGCUGUUGUAGAUAUAGACAUCUAUCUAGGUACCUAGGUACCUGGGUGGGUAGGUAGUACUACUAGUCUGUAGAGUAGCCAAGUAGGUAUGGUUCAUGCAGGAUGUUCCUCAUGCUUUCGCUUUG